AUGGAUGAUGUAUACAAAGCAGCGGUUGAGAACUUAACAGAAGAACAGAAAAAUGAGUUCAAGGCUGCCUUUGACAUCUUUGUGCAGGAUGCAGAGGAUGGCUGCAUCAGUACCAAGGAGCUGGGGAAGGUGAUGCGCAUGCUGGGACAGAAUCCUACUCCAGAGGAGCUGCAGGAGAUGAUUGAUGAGGUGGAUGAAGAUGGAAGUGGUACGGUAGACUUUGAUGAAUUCCUGGUGAUGAUGGUACGUUGCAUGAAGGAGGAAAGCAAAGGAAAGUCAGAGGAAGAGCUGGCAGAACUUUUCCGCAUGUUCGACAAAAAUGGAGAUGGUUACAUUGACCUAGAGGAGUUGAAAAACAUGCUGGAGUCAACUGGGGAAGUCAUCACUGAGGAUGACAUUGAAGAGCUCAUGAAGGAUGGUGACAAGAACAACGAUGGGAAGAUUGAUUAUGAUGAGUUCUUGGAAUUCAUGAAGGGAGUUGAAUAGUAUUAACUGGAUUGAGUACAACAUUCAAGGGCCUGGAAAAGACUGACC